CAGUUGGGAACGUGAUCCGCGAUCACCUUGGACCAUGGAAAACGCAGCUGCUUCCGGGCGAUCAGGGACCAGUGCAGCUACUGGGAUCCGGGAAUACAAGAUAGUGAUGCUGGGGGCCGGAGGAGUUGGGAAGAGUGAGGAUGCUUACAAAACGCGAGUUCGGAUUGACGAUGAGUCAGCACAUCUGGAUAUUUUGGAUACAGCCGGACAGGCAGAGUUCACUGCCAUGAGGGACCAGUACAUGCGAGGAGGGGAAGGCUUCAUCAUCUGUUACUCCAUCACCGAUCGCCGCAGCUUCCAGGAGGUGGUGGAGUUCAAGCAGCUGAUCUACCGUGUGAGGCAUACCUACGACAUCCCAGUGGUGCUGGUGGGGAACAAGUCAGAUCUGUGCAAUCUCCGGCAGGUGUCAAAGGAGGAGGGCACGGUGCUAGCUCGAGAGUUCAACUGCCCGUUCUUUGAGACCUCGGCUGCCCUCCGCUACUUUAUCGAUGACGUGUUCCAUACCAUGGUGCGGGAGAUCCGGAGGAAGGAGAAGGAGGCCGUGCUGGCACAGGAGAGGCUCAGUAAGGUCAAAAACAGUGUCUGGAAGAGACUGAAGGGACCCUUCCGAAGGAAAAAGGACUCUGUGACGUGAAGAGUGGUGCGAGGAGGGGAUGGGAUGGGAGGGGAGGGGGCAGGUUUGGUUAAAAACUCUGGGGAAACUGCAGCCUCCUUCCCCCGUGCCCUCAACCUCACAGCCCCAUCCCAUCCCAGGCAAAUAGCCACAAGGACCCUGUCCGAAGGACUGGGCUGGAGGUCAAUUCCACACUGCAGUUUCCUAACGCAGCGGUACUGUUCUUCCACUCACCCCACCCAUCCCCAACCUGCCAGCUAGUCUGCUCUCCAAUGACUGAAUGGCCUCAGCUCGAUUGAACAGGACCAAUGGCACAGCGGAGUCAGGCUCCUGUUUGCACUCUUAGGCCUCCCCGCACUACCCCUUACCCCCCACCCCCCACAUACCCACAACACUCUUACACUACUGUUAGCUACUGACUGAUAGAACCACUUCCUAUUCAAGGCACACAGCGUUCCCAUCAAAUACUCCCAGGACAGGGACAGCACGGGCUUAGAUACAGAGUAAAGCUCCCUCUACACUGUCCCCCCCAUCAAACAGUCCCAGGACAGGGACAGCACAGGGUUAGAUACAGA